CAGCUACAGUAUGUCCACUUACUAAAGGAACAACAAAAGAGGAAAAAUUACAAUAUCAUGUACAAAGACAUUAGGUCAUAUUCCUAUUAUACCUGGAAUACAAUUAGUGGACUUACCUGGUGUGCUCAGUAUAUAAAUUCCCUCCUAUACAACUUGAGCAUCUACCAGUUGCACUGGGAGCCAGAGAAAAGACUUCACUACCAUGAGCAACAUCAGAAGACCAGCAGUGGUGCCUCUCUUUACACUGUUGGUGCUUUUUUUGCUGGUCCCUUGCGAUGGAAAGAAAAAUCUUCAUAGGAAAAGGUGUCCAAUGAACAGAAAUGUGAAUUUUCCAUCAGUAAUGCAUGUCCAUCUUAAUGAGAGUGAGGAGUUCCAGUGGCAUGUGGAUGAUGCGAGUAAUAGGUCACUCUCUCCGUGGAUAUACAGCCAUGAUGAAAACAGCAGCAGGGUUCUAUACACCAUAAGAAACGCAAAUUGCCAUGACAGUUGUGUGGAUUCCAAUGGCAAUGUGGACUUGAACCUAAGCUCAGUUCCCAUCAAGCAGGAGAUUCUGGUCCUUCACCAGGAAAUGAAAGGAUGUCAAGCAAGCUUCAAGUUGAAGAUCAUGAUGGUUUCUGUGGGCUGCACGUGUGUCCGAAACUAAUAAUAAACAGAACAUGUGGUGAAAA